GAAGAGGUGAAAAUAAAAUACAGGUAGAUAGUUUAAUAGUAUCUAUUGAUGGCUGGUUUGCCCAAGUACCAAAGAGCCAAGCUCAGAGAUCACCAAGGAUUUUACAGUUCACCUCUGAGCUACAAAUAUGCUCUUCUAUUAAAGCCAUUAUCCUCCUUUUCAUUCUUUGACUAUUCUAGGUUGAGAGGAGCGGUCCAGAAGACCUUGCAAAUCCUGUGCGGUGCUGGGAAACAGUUUAGAGGGAUCCAGAGCCAGGCACCUGGCAACAGCUCCCCAGCCAUGUUCUCGGGUGCGAGAGGCCCAAAGCCCCUCAUUGCGGUCUGCCAGGUGACGUCGACGCCAGACCGAGAACGCAACUGGGAGGCUUGUUCGCAGCUGGUCCGAGAGGCCACUCGGCGGGAUGCUUGCGUUGUCUUUCUCCCGGAAGCCUUUGACUUCAUUGGCAGCUGCACGGAAGAGACCCUCAGCUUGGCGGAGCCCUUGGAGGGGGAUUAUCUUCAGCGCUACGUCAGCCUGGCCAGGGAAUGUGGAGUGUGGUUGUCUCUUGGAGGUUUCCACGAGAAGGGCAAAGAUUGGGAAAGCACGCGACGGAUCUACAACUGCCACCUUCUUGUGGAUGCCAAAGGGUGUGUAGCCGCCGCCUAUCGGAAGAUCCACCUCUUUGAUGUGGAGCUGGAAGGGAGGGUCUCCCUGAAGGAAAGCGCCUUCACCAACCCCGGUUCAGAGAUGGCGCCGCCUGUGCCCACCCCAGCGGGAAAGGUGGGACUGGCCAUCUGUUACGACCUCCGUUUUCCGGAAAUGGCCCUGACUCUGGCCCAGGCGGGAGCCGAGAUUCUCACCUACCCGUCAGCCUUCACCGUGACAACUGGCGCCGCCCACUGGGAGGUCCUCCUGCGAGCCCGUGCCGUGGAAACCCAGUCCUACGUGGUGGCCGCAGCCCAGACGGGCCAGCACCACCCGUCCCGGAGCUCCUUCGGCCACAGCAUGGUGGUCGACCCCUGGGGCAGCAUCGUGGCCCAGUGCCGGGAAGGGCCCGGCUUGUGCUUUGCCGAAAUCGACCUGCCUUACCUGCACCGCCUCCGCCAGGAGAUGCCCGUCUUUGCCCACCGCCGGCCUCGCUUCUACAGCCGGGCGGCUGCUGAGUGGGGCUUGGGGCUCCCGUGAUGGGCUCAGCUGGCCCAGGGAGGGGGCUUGGCUGCUGCAGCUGGACUCUGCAGGGACUCUGGCCGUCCAGGAGCCGCUGCUGCUGCCCGGAGGGGCUGAGGGGGAAGGAGAGAAACCAACUGCGGACAGCUCCGGCGCUGGUGGGGGGGGGAAGGCAUUUCGGCACCAUCCCCACCCUGGGAUUGCAUCGGAUGUUUGCUUUUUGGCCGUUCAGACCUUUGGGGUUCAGACUGACAUGGGGGGGGCAAGUCGGUCACUUUCCCUGCAGAGGGGCUUCCUUCCGGAAAUAAAUUCGUUUUUCAGCCCCACGUAGUCUUUCUUUCUUCACUUUCAUCCAGUUUUUUUCUUUUUUCUUUUCUUAAGCAGCUCACGAGACUCUCUAUUUCUGUAUAUAUCAGAGAUGUCCAACCUUGGCAACU